CUCAGUUUAAGUGACUUUGUGUGUAAUCAGUGAAUACAGAAUCUCUGUUAUAUCACAGGAAUGCUAAAGGAAGAUGAUGAGGACUUUGAGGAAGAAGAUGAGGAAGAGAACAGAGGGAACAUUUCAGCUGUCCUUUCUGUCAUAUCCAGUGUUGUGUCUGGUUUUCUCAGGAACUGGAUUUGUCGGAAAGCAUCAGAGAUGUUAAAUGUACCAUCUCAGUCUUUUCCGGCAGCUGGAUCCCAGCAGAGAGUCGCACCAACCGGACAGUCCAGAAAUAAGGUGGCGCUAAAGCCAGGUCACAGUCUACUGGACUGGAUCCGACUGACCAAGAGUGGACGUGAUCUGACUGGACUGAGAGGUCGACUGAUUGAGGUGACAGAAGAGGAGCUGAAGAAACACAACACCAGAAACGACUGCUGGACCUGCAUUAGAGGUAUGGUCUAUAAUGUGAGUGCCUACAUGGAUUUCCACCCUGGUGGGGAGGAGGAGUUAAUGAGGGCUGCUGGGAUUGAUAGCACUGACCUGUUCGAUCAGGUCCAUCGGUGGGUGAAUUAUGAGUCUAUGCUGAAGGAGUGUCUGGUGGGGAGGAUGGCAGUGAAGCCCAACCCUGCUCUUCAAGCUCAGACAAAGAAGACGGAAAGCACUCACAUGAACGGUUUGCCUGUUCCUUCACCUUUAAGACAGGAGCCUUUACCUACUCCUCUCCCUGCCAAAGAUCAUCGCCCUCGGUAUGAUUGGUUCCAGACAGAUGGAACUGUCAAUAUUGUUAUUCACACCAAGCGAAAGAUUCCCAGCGCCGGAUGUGCAGUGGUGGAUCUACAGGAUGAUAUUCUUCAGGUGGAGAUGCUCUUAGGGAAGAUGUCGUACCUUCUCUACUGGCGCCUGUCCAGUGAAGUUCAAGGACGUGUGGAUGUUCAGACAGCCCACUCUGUAGGAAAGGUUCAGGUGUGUCUCCACAAAUCUGUCAAAGAUAAGUGGACGAAAGUGGGGCAACCACUUGAACACCAUGACACAUUUAUUCAGUGUAAAGAUCGUGAGCUCUUCUACAGGGAAUGUGUGUUGGUUUCGAAAGCGGACAUCACACAUGACACGCAGGUCUUGCGAUUACAACUUCCACCAGGGUCACAUAUGCAAGUUCCUGUGGGGAGACACGUCUACCUCAAAACCUCUCUCCAGGGUACAGAUGUUGUGAAACCUUACACACCAGUGGAUCAAAAACUAAUACCUCCCUCACAAUGUAGUGCUGAAAUGGGCUCAGACUUACAUCUCAUGAUAAAGAUCUAUCCUGAUGGAUUGUUGACCUCACAUCUCGCCAACCUCCCUAUUGGAUCCUCUCUGUUAGUAGGCGGUCCGGAGGGAUCCUUCACUAUGCGUAUUCUGCGUGAUGUCACUCAUCUCUACAUGUUAGCGGCUGGCACAGGUUUCACACCCAUGGCUCGUCUCAUACGGCUGGCUCUUCAGGACCUCACAUCAAUCAGAAAAACCAAGCUGAUGUUCUUUAACCGUCAAGAGAGGGACAUACUUUGGUGCGCUCAGCUGGAUGAACUUUGUUCAAAAGAGGAAAGGUUUGAGGUGGAGUACGUUCUGUCGGAGCCUACAGACUCAUGGAAAGGCAGAAGAGGGCGGAUAGAUGCUUGUAUGCUGCAAAACUUCCUGGAGAGACCAGAAGACUCCAAAUGUUUAGUGUGUGUGUGCGGCCCAACUGGAUUCACAGAGUUGGCAGUGCAGUGA